UGAGGAGUCACAACAGAUUUUUUCAGGAUAUUUACCGUCUGCAUAUGGUGCUGGUGUUUAGACGUUUAUCAUCAUGAUUGAUUGGAGUAAGGACAGCAAAUGGACCAGGAUACUCACAGAAAAAUGGACGAUCUCCCUUCGAAUCAUACUUCCUGCAAUACGUCAGAUAACACAGGUUCAACCCGUCACAAGAAGAACAUCAUUACGAAUAUAUUGGUUUAUUCAUAUAUGACGUAGAAUACCACAAUAUUUGGGCGCACCUGGAUCUUGGCGGUGUGUGCGAACAUAAACCAUUUGCUAACCAUCAACUUGGAUGCCCAAUAAGAAGAAACACACAAGAUUUGACUACGGAGUUGUAGAUAGCACGAAAGUGAUAUUAUAUAUGUCUGAGCACCUA